AUGGCAGCACUAAGGCGCGACCUUGUUCUUCCAGAAGACGUUGGGGAGCAGUUGCAGUACGCCCUCAUGGCGGUGAAGGAGCCGAAGACUCGUUUCCGGACGGCCAGGCAUCAGAGCUUGAAAGUGGACCAGCCUCAGCUCGUGGACGUGGUUAGGCUGGCUUUUUCGAACUUUGAUCCGGAUGCAAAAUUGUGGGGCUGGUCCGGCUCUACUUUGAGGAGCCGUUUCAAAAAGCUGCUUGCGGCCCUAGGCCUUCAGUCUGGCAUUCUGCCAGGUGUUCGUGACCUCGACUUGGGCUCGCUUCGCGCGGGCGGUGCAACGUGGUUGAUGAACGUCACUGAAAACCCAGACUUUGUCAGGCGCAGAGGAAGAUGGAUAAACAAUAAGGUGAUGGACAUCUAUGUCCAGGAAGUUUCGGCCAUCCUCUUCCUGCCUAGGCUGCCGGCGGCUCUGAAAGCCAAGAUUUUCUCUCUGGCAAAUGGGCUGAAUGAGGCGAUAGCUUUCGCCAAGAACUGCAUGCAAAUGAAGCUAGACAGUGGAACGUGGUUUUUCCUGGCGUGUCGAGGCGUUAUGCCUUGA